AACAAAAAAGUCACAUGACUUCAAAUAUGGCAGUGUUGAUGUUUGUGUUAGGUCGCUGUGUGGAAAAGCAAACGUAGAGUAGGAAAACUCUGUUCUUUACAGUUAACUCGUCGGAAUAAAUCAUAUUUUUUUAAAAAGCAGACCUAGAUGCAGACACCUGGAUGUAUUUUUGGGAACAUGAAUCAACUGUUUCUUAGAUCAGUUGCCUUGACAUGCACCAUCCUUUUGUUUUACAAAGUUGAUGAAUGUAAAAGUAAAAGUAGCGAAAGUAGCGAUAGUUUUAGUCUUAGAGGUAAUUUAAUUAAUAGGAGGUCUACAACAAGUUCAAAAAAUUUUAAUACUCCUUUUGUUUUUCUGUGCUCGAUUAUCAAUUACGACUAUUACAACUUAACAUCCACAAUAUGGUCAGUUACUCUUCAAAAGGAGCACUGCCUGCCUUUGAAUGCCACAGCUGGCUCCCCGGAUUCUUGCACCGUGCACAUGGCCUUUUGCCAUAAACUGGGCAUUGACCUUCCUUGUGCCAAUGACUCUGUUUGCCACUCCUCUACGCAGGGAAACCUCAGCGUAGGUGGAUUCUCUGAAAACCCUUUCAAUGCUACAAAACCUCCUCAAGCUUCUGAUGGCUUCCAAGCCAAUUUUCCAAAUGGUGGACCCUACCAGACUUUUGCUGGAGGAGCUUGUAACCUAGCAACUACUGUUGCCUUCCAGUGCAAUCAUUCAGCACACUGGCUUGUCUCCAGUUCUGCUACUAAGGCGGUUAGGAUAGCCCCAGAUCCCAAGAAAGUUCAUUUUGAUCAAAAUAAUUGCCUUAUGACCUUGACCUUUGAUUUUGCUGGGGCUUGUAGACGGAGCUCUAAUUCCCCAAAGAGUUUAAGUGCAGGCACAGUUUUGAUAGUGAUCUUUCUGGUCUCCUCCAUACUGUAUUUUGUGUUUGGUUCAAUGGUCAACAUCUCCAGAAGGCGCUCAGGUUCACAAAUUGUUCCGCAUUCAAAAUUCUGGACGAUGCUUCCAGUAUAUGUUAUGGAUGGCUGUCAGUUCUUUUUCUGUUGUGGAAGGACACCUGUCACAAACACAUAUGACCAAAUAUAGCACUGAGGCCUUCUACUUACACGUUAGCACAAUCCUUGUUGAUGAUGAGUUUGUUAUUUUUUAUAUGCAUAUCAUUUGAGGUGUUCAUACAUUUUAAUGCAUUAAUUACACUUUGUGUGAAAAAACAACGAUUUUCCCUCGAGCUUUGUGCUUUUUCUACACAUAUGUGAAGUGUCCAUAUCAUUUUAAUGCCUUAAUAAUACAUUGUAUCUUAAGAAACAAAUUUUAUCCGAGCAUGCAAGGAACUCACUCUAGAGUUGCAGUGUGAAAGUUACUGUUUUUAAUGUUAGAAUGAAAACCUCACAGGUGUAUGCCUGGGGAAAGUAAUGUUCAAUGAAAGAUUUUGUGUCCGUUCAUUUAGUUCCAGUUCGGAAGUGGGACUUUUCAGGAGUUUGAUUUCAG